AUAUGAGUUUGUGUGGGUAAUUUGAGAUGUUGUUGUCUUUGACUAACCCCUUUCCGUCCCCCGCCGUAGAUCAUUGAAAAACUUCCUGCAAACUCUUCUUUCUCUUACUAUUCUUUAAAAAAAAAACUCUCCUUUUCUGCUGCCCAGCGCUCUCUCCCUCUCCCACCAAACACACCGAAAAUCAACUCUCUAUCUUGCUCGAAUUCCAAGUUCUUGCUUAUAAUUCAUAUUGGGUUGUGAAUAGUUUUGAUUUUAGUGAUUUGGGUCAACGGGUUUGAUUCUUGUAAUUUUGUUCUUCUGUGCAAAGUCAAGGUGGGCUAAAGAAAUGAAAUAAAUUUCUGGGUUUAAGAAAUAAGGGAAAAGGGAUGUGGGCGAUCUGGACCUCUGCUUUCUUUUUGGUCUUUCAUUUGGUCGUCGUCAGGGUCUCCAGUAAUGUAGAAGGCGAUGCCUUGAAUUCAUUAAAGACGAAUUUACUUGAUCCGAACAAUGUUCUUCAAAGUUGGGAUGCGACUCUCGUCAAUCCCUGCACCUGGUUUCAUGUUACAUGCAAUAAUGAAAAUAGUGUCACGCGUGUUGAUCUUGGAAAUGCAAAUCUAUCUGGUCAACUGGUUACGCAACUUGGGGUGCUUUCAAAUUUGCAGUACUUGGAACUUUACAGCAAUAACAUAACUGGACAAAUUCCAGAUGAGCUUGGGAAUCUGACAAACUUGGUGAGCUUGGAUCUUUACUUGAACAACUUAACUGGUCCGAUUCCUCAGACAUUGGGCAAGCUUCAGAAACUACGUUUCUUGCGUCUCAACAACAACACCUUGUCGGGAACGAUUCCUGUGAAUUUAACUACGGUUACUACCUUGCAAGUCCUGGAUCUUUCUAACAACCAACUAACAGGAGACGUCCCUGUAAAUGGCUCAUUCUCUUUUUUCACUCCUAUCAGUUUUGCCAACAAUAAAUUCAAUGCUUCUCAAGCUCCUCCACCACCUCCUCUUUCUCCACCAUCAAGGGGUCCUUCUAAUGGAAAUAGUGCCACUGGAGCUAUUGCUGGGGGAGUUGCUGCUGGUGCUGCUCUUCUGUUUGCUGGCCCUGCAAUGGUACUUGCUUAUUGGCGAAAAAGAAAACCACAGGACCACUUCUUUGAUGUACCUGCUGAAGAGGACCCAGAAGUUCAUCUUGGACAGCUUAAAAGGUUUUCUCUGCGUGAGCUACAAGUUGCAACUGACAAUUUUAGUCACAAAAACAUUUUGGGCAGGGGUGGGUUCGGAAAGGUUUAUAAAGGACGUUUAACUGAUGGUUCUCUAGUGGCUGUUAAAAGACUGAAAGAGGAGCGCACCCAGGGUGGGGAACUGCAGUUCCAGACAGAAGUUGAGAUGAUCAGCAUGGCUGUGCAUCGGAACUUGCUUCGUCUACGUGGCUUUUGCAUGACUCCAACUGAGAGGUUGCUUGUCUAUCCUUAUAUGGCUAAUGGAAGUGUAGCAUCAUGUUUAAGAGAGCGUUCAGAAUCACAAUCCCCACUUGAAUGGCCAAUAAGGAAGCAAAUUGCAUUAGGAUCCGCACGAGGGUUGGCUUAUUUGCACGAUCAUUGUGAUCCUAAGAUUAUUCACCGCGAUGUGAAAGCCGCAAAUAUUUUGUUAGAUGAGGAAUUUGAAGCAGUUGUUGGAGAUUUUGGGCUGGCAAAACUCAUGGACUACAAAGAUACUCAUGUUACGACUGCAGUACGUGGCACAAUUGGGCAUAUAGCACCUGAAUACCUAUCAACAGGAAAGUCUUCAGAGAAGACUGAUGUUUUCGGGUAUGGUGUCAUGCUUCUUGAACUUAUCACUGGACAGAGGGCUUUUGAUCUUGCUCGGCUUGCAAAUGACGAUGAUGUAAUGUUACUUGAUUGGGUGAAGGGACUUCUAAAAGAUAAGAAGUUGGAGACGCUGGUUGAUGCUGAUCUGACAGGAAAUUACAUCGAUGAUGAGGUUGAGAAUCUGAUCCAAGUGGCUCUACUGUGCACACAAAGCUCCCCAAUGGAACGACCAAAGAUGUCAGAAGUGGUCAGAAUGCUGGAAGGGGAUGGCUUGGCGGAGAGAUGGGAGGAAUGGCAGAAAGAGGAGGUGUUCCGCCAAGAGUUUAACCACACUCAUCACGCAAACACUAAUUGGAUCGUUGAUUCUUCAUCCCACAUCCCUCCAGAUGAAUUGUCUGGACCAAGAUGAUCCUCCCUUUUAAGGGCACAACGGAAGUCUCUUCAAGAGCUAUUGUGUUUCAAACUGAUCACAACAGAUGUGUAUAAUUUUUUCUUUUCUUUUCUUUUCAAUGCCUAGUUUAUAUCAUA